UGGUUCUGAUCUUUCGUGAUUAAUGACUACCAUCCUUGAGCUAACAUCGGCCAACAAAACUAACAACAAGGCCACCAAUAACAAGCUGCAGCGUGAAGGAGAAAACGAAUAUCCUCCGGCGAAACGAUCCAAGACUGACGACGAAGAAGAACCAACAGUCGUAGGAAACGGAACGAUCGUCGGAGCGCCAAAGCAGCAAACACUUUCUGGGGUCAAUCAGUCUGGAAACGUGAACGUCGAGACGACCAAAAACACUGAAGGACAAGACGGUGAGAAGAUGGACACUAGCAAUAAUGCCGGAGGAGUUGGUGGGAACUCAGAUGAGCUUCUCGACAAAAAUCUUUACUCCCGUCAAAUUUACACGCUCGGCGAAUCCGCCAUGGUCAACCUCCGAACUGCUUCCGUUCUCAUUUCUGGUCUCGGUUCUGUAGGAGUCGAAAUUGCAAAGAAUCUGAUUCUUGGAGGAGUUCGGCAUGUUACUAUUCAUGACACAAAGCUUGCAAAAUGGUCUGAUCUCUCGGCUCAAUACUACUUGCGCGAUGCAGAUGUUGGUCACAAUCGUGCUACUUCUUGCUACGAGCGUCUUGCAGAGCUUAAUGACAGUGUUAAUGUACAAGUAUCAACUGAUGAGCUCACUGAGGAGUUUGUCAAAACAUUUGAUCUUGUUGUUCUCACGGACGCUGCCCGUACUGCUCAACGCCAAAUCGCUGCAUGGACACGAGCCCACAAUAGACGUAUUCUGAUUACUGAUGCUCGUGGUGUAUUCUCAUACAUCUUCAACGAUUUUGGAGACAAUUUCCGAAUUGAUGACGCUACUGGGGAGCAAGUUCGCGAGUUCUUCAUUGAGCACAUUGAUAAAACCACUGGUGAAGUGACAACAUUGGAGAAUCUUUUCCAUGGUCUUGAGGAUGGAGAUCACGUUACUUUUUCUGAAGUUAAAGGACUUACUGAAAUUAAUGGAUGUGAGCCACUCAAAAUCACCGUUAAAAAUGCAUCGAAAUUCAAUAUUGGUGAUUUCGCAGUUUCAUUCUCCGACUACAAAGAAGGUGGAAGAUGUAGGCAAGUUAAAGUCCCAACAUCGGUAUCUCAUGUUCCAUUCGAGAAAUCUCUUGUUGAACCAGAAUUCGGAAUAUGGGACUAUGCCAAGUUCGAAUACCCAUCCCAGCUUCAUGCCUUGUGGACUGCUCUUUACGCUUUCGAAGAAAAGUAUGGAAGAUCCCCUGCUCCUCGAUCCACUCAGGAUGCCGCAUUGUUAAAAGAAUUGAUUCCUUCUGGUACUGAAGAAAUCCCAGAAAAGUUGAUCGAAUUGUUCUCGUUUUCUGCAUCCGGAAACCUCGUCACUGUGUCAUCUGUUGUUGGUGGUAUUGCUGCACAAGAAGCAAUGAAAGGAGUCACACACCAUAUGACACCACUGAAACAAUGGCUUCAUUUGGAUCACGUUGAAGUCUUGCCAGGGGAUUGGACUUCUUUCGACAAUUCCAAACUUUCGGAAACUGAUUGUCAGCCGAGACAAUCUCGUUAUGAUGGACAAGCUGCCGUAUUUGGAUGGCCAUAUCAAGAGUGUCUAUUCCGUCAAAGAUGGUUUGUUGUUGGUGCUGGAGCUAUCGGAUGCGAAUUGCUCAAAAAUUUAUCAAUGAUGGGUGUCGCUUGUGGUGAAGGAGGUCUUAUCAAAAUUACUGAUAUGGACCAAAUUGAAAUUUCGAAUCUCAACAGACAAUUCCUGUUCAGACGCCGUGACGUUGGGGGAAAGAAGUCAGAAUGUGCCGCCCGUGCUGUGACUGCUUUCAACUCGGAUGUUCGAAUUGAAGCUUUGGCAGAACGUGUUGGAUUGGAAACCGAGCACAUUUUCAAUGACGAAUUCUUCGGAGAGCUCAAUGGAGUUGCCAAUGCGCUUGAUAAUGUUGAUGCUCGGCGAUACAUGGAUCGUCGAUGCGUCUACUAUCGCUUGCCUUUGCUGGAGUCUGGAACCAUGGGAACCAAAGGAAACACUCAAGUUGUUUAUCCAUAUCUCACGGAGUCAUACUCGUCGUCUGUCGAUCCACCAGAGAAGGAGAUUCCUGUUUGCACGUUGAAGAACUUCCCCAAUGAAAUUCAGCACACAAUUCAAUGGGCGCGUGAGCAAUUUGAAACAUUCUUCGCCCAGCCAGGAGAAAUGGCCAACAAGUUCCUUUCCGAUGAAAGAGGGUUCAAUGAGCAUGUCGACAAAUUAAUUUCUGGACAACAAAUUGAUAUUCUUCAAAAAGUAAAAGACGCUUUGAUUGAUGCUCGUCCAUCGUCUGCUGAAGAUUGUAUUCGUUGGGCUCGCAACCAAUUCCAGGAACUCUACCACAACAAUAUUGCUCAGAUGCUUCACUCUUUCCCACCAGAUCAACUCACUGAUUCUGGAGCCAAGUUCUGGUCAGGAGCUAAGCGUUGCCCGCAUGUUCUCAAUUUUGAUCCAUCCAAAGAAGAACACUUCAAUUUCGUUUUUGCUGCGUCAAUUCUCAUUGCCGAGUUAUACGGAGUUCAACCAAUUUUGGACAGAGAAGAAGUUAUUCGUGUCGCUCUUUCGGUGAAUCCGGAACCUUUCGAGCCUAAAUCCGGUGUCAAGAUCGCUGUAACUGACGCCGAGGCUAAAGAACAGAAUGAACGUGGAGCUUCUAGCAUGAUCGUUGAUGAUGAUGCUGCCAUCGAAGCUUUGAAAUUGAAAUUGGCAACGCUGAACGUCAAGUCUACAAGCAAACUGAACUGUGUUGAUUUUGAGAAGGAUGAUGAUUCUAACCAUCAUAUGGAGUUCAUCACGGCUGCAUCGAAUCUCCGAGCCGAAAACUAUGAUAUUCUUCCAGCUGAUAGAAUGAGAACCAAACAAAUUGCUGGAAAAAUUAUUCCAGCCAUCGCUACCACCACCGCAGCAGUUGCCGGUCUUGUUUGCAUCGAACUGUACAAGGUUGUUGACGCAAACGGUAUUCCUAAGACACCAAUGGAGCGUUUCAAGAACACUUUCCUAAAUCUGUCAAUGCCAUUCUUCUCCUCUGCCGAACCAAUUGGCGCUCCAAAGAAAACUUACAUGGACCGAGAGUUUACUCUCUGGGAUAGAAUUGACGUUCAAGGACCGCUCACACUUCAAGAAUUCAUCGACAAUGUACAAAACCAAACUGGUGGAUGCGAGGUGUCGAUGUUAUCCGCUGGAGCGUGUCUUUUGUUCUCGUUUUUCAUGAAUGCUGGCAAAAAACAAGAAAGACUCAAAACAGAAGUGAAAGCGGUUUACGAGGAAUUGCUGAAGAAAUCACUUCAUCCUUCUGUUCACGCUUUGGUUCUCGAGCCAAUGAUGUCCGAUCCAGACGGUGAAGAUGUCGAAGUUCCAUACAUUCGCUACUCUUUCUAAUUAUUAUGAUUUUUCAAUGUUUGUAUGUGUCUCUCUGUCCCCGUCUUCAUGAGUCAUGCUACUCUUUAUCAUUUUAUCGCUCCCCGUUUUCAUCCCCUUUAUUGAACUCCCUUAUUUAUUAUUUAUGGUUUUAACUUUUUGUAUUAUUGUGUGAAUUGCGAUUUGUUUCACGUUCUCCCCGUACCUCAUAAUCUCUUCUUCCACCCACCCGAGUAAUGUUUGAACAAUGGUUUUUUACCGAAUAAAAUGUGCUAUGUGG